AUGCCUAAGAAAAGAGGCAACCAAAUUUUACAAAUUAAAAGGGAAGAUGGAUCAGUGGAAACAAACCAAGAAGCUAUUCAUGAGAUCAUAGAGAAAUAUUACUCAAAGAAAUGGGGAAAUAAAAAAUGUAGUUUGGAGGAUUGGCCUAAGUUUAAAACUUCAGAGUGCAUCCAGGCAGACAGUAUAAAUUUUCUGAAAGCUGAUUACAUGAAAGAAGAGCUGGUAGUUACGUUGAGGAAAAUGGACAAUAAUAAAUCUCCUAGAACUGAUGGCGCCAACGCAUGGUUUUUCAAAAAUUACUCGAAUAUUAUUGAUGAAGCAACCUGGAAUGCAACUGAUGAGUUUUUUUUCAAAUCAGGAAGGAUGCCCGAACAUUGGAUGGAGACUGUGGUUGUGUUGAUUCUGAAAGUUCAUAAUGCUAAAGAAUGCUCCAAAUUCAGACCAAUUUGCCUCUGCCAAUGA